UAGUUAUGCGUUUCUCAACUAUUCUUGCCUUUCUUUACCCCAGGAUUAUUUUUGAAUUAAUACAAAAACAAGAAGGCUUAUACAUAUUGGCUGAUAGAGAAGUGAGAACUAAAACAAUGGCACGUCCUUUCAACACCUUUGCUCUCAAGCUACAAGUACACUGCAAGUAUUGUGCAAGGGAACUGGAAAAAGAGCUGCUAAAUAUCAAGGGGGUUCGUUCGGUGAAAAUCAAUCAAGAACUUGGAAAAGUAAUCAUCUCAGGCAAAGUAGACCCUGGAAAGAUCCUAACCAAGUUUCAAAAGGUUGGGAGAGAAGCGGAACUCUGGUGCGAACAAGAACGACCUCUUAAAGAUGUCAACGCGCUAUCGAAAGUGAUUGAUCCACUCAAUGAUCCUGACAUUAUGACACAACUAGAGAGAUUUUCUGAUGACCCCAGUGUUAAAAGUGUGGAGGUGACCAAAACUAUCAAGGUGAUUUUCAAAGGGGAAUCAAGAAAUGGGCCUAGUGAAAAAAUUGUGGAGAUUAACACCACCACCAAAAAUGUGAAAGAAACCCAUGAUCAAGUGUUUCCACAUGAUCAUUGUGAUCAUUCUCAUGGUGGUGGACUUUGUGGUGCUUCUUCAUCAUGCUGUGGUGGUCACUCUGCUAUAAGUCAUAAUCUUAAUCAUGGAUGUUGCCAAUAUGGUAACACUACUAGUUUGGGUCCUUGUUGUGCACAUGGAAGAAACUCAUGUUAUUACCAUAGCCAAUAUGGUAAUAAUCCCAACUCUGGUCCUUGUUGUGCACAUAGUAGAAACUCAUGCUAUAAUUACUAUGGGCAAUAUGGUAAUACUGGUUAUGGUUCUUGUUAUCCAAAUAGCAUUUCUCCAUCAGCGGGAACAAUAUGGACAAAUGAUAAUAUUCCCUCAGCCCCACCUUUGCCAGAUGACUAUUAUCAGGUGCCAUCAUCCUUGGCAAUGCCCAAUGAUUAUUAUCAGGGACCACCACCAUUCUCAACAAUGCCAGAUGAGUACUAUCAAGCAGCACCAUCCUUGGCAAUACCUCACCCCUAUUACAGUUUCUUAAAUGAGAAUAAGAAUGGCUGCAUAAUCCUAUGAUUUUGCACAUCUUAUUUAUCAAAAGAGGGUUGUUGUUUGUACGUGUGUGGGUGUAUAUAUGUGAGUGAGAGA